AUGGCGGCCAUGGCGUGGUCUCCUGUUGGCAACUUGGGCACUGUAGGCGUUGCAAGGAGCUCUCUGAGCUCGCGGAGCUCUUUUGAAAGUGGCUUGCCUCGAGCAUGUCGGGAAGGCAAGAAGGCCGAGCAUGAGCGAGGCAAGGCCCUCGCUGUUGCUCUCUUAGGAGCCCCGCUAGGGGUCUAUGCCGCUUCUCAAAGACUGAGAAGUUCGGGGGCUCAGCGAGUCUCAGCAAGAGGCUAUACAGUGCGGUGCCACGCCAGCGCAGAAGCAAAAGGUGUGGCUGUUGAUGCUGACGAAGACGAGGCCUACAGAGCGGCGACACCGAGAGAGCGCCAGUUUGGGAUCUACGAGCCUCCAAUCCGCAGAAGCUCCGCCAGAUCGUCUCGAGCGGAGGCUGUUGAGCUACCCUUGUCGCAGUUGCACAUCGUGGCGGCCCAGCGGCAGCUGCCAUCGCUGCUGGAGGCGCAUCCUGUUGCCGAUGCCUCCGAAGCCGUGGCCGCGUGGUCCCAGCUGCUGGGCAUCUGCCAACGACGGGCACCAGAACUGCUGGCAACCUGGAGCUGUGGUGUGGGCCCAUUGCUCCGCUUUGCAGUGCUCGUUCCCUGUGAGCAGUGGCUUCGGGACCCCGAGGACUGGAACGCUGGCGAGGUCAAUGAAGUAGAUAUGGAUGGUCCAGAGGGCCCCAUGUCAGGUCUUGAGGCCUUGCCAAAGCUUGAAUCCCUUCUGAGACAUCUCAUGGCGAAGUAUGAUGACGCACCGAUGACUCUCGCCGGUGCCUUCACUUGGAGUGAUGGUGCAGGCGGGACUUUGCGUGAGCGUCCUGGGCGUGAGGUGGUUCUGUGCAGCGGUGCCGGCAUCCAGCUGUGCACACGCUUUGCCCGUCUCUUUGCGGAAGUCUGCAGGGGAGAGCGAAAGCCGGUUGCUGCCGCUCACGACUUGCUCUUGCCUAAUCUCUCAAAGAAGAUGGUGAAUAGGCUCCUGCAGAGCAGUGGCUCUCAACUCCCGCCGCCACCUCCUGUGGAAGUCCCUGAGAGUGUGCGGCACGUGCAGCCACUAUCCGUGACGCUGGCGAGCCCUUUGCUGGCCUUGAGGCGGGCGCAGAUGGAGACACUGGGAGGGCCUUCGAGCUUUGCAGAGGCCCUGGCCAGAACUCAGCUCGGGAAGGACCUGGGCACCGAAGAGGAGGAGGAGUUUGCGCUAAGCAUCAUGUCAUGGGCUUGCCGCUUUGCCGACGAGGAGGAACUACGGGACCCAGGCGCGGCAGCACAGGCGGUGGAGUGGCUGCUCGCGCAGCGCGCUCUUGAUCCGAAGUUUUCCUUGGUUGUUGCUGGCAACCCACGGGCGCCCAAGAAAGUCUUGGAGGCUGCCAAAAAAGAUGCAGCGACGCUCGAACUGCAGCGACUUCAGAUGAGUGGCCAGCGCUUCUUGCCAAACCCGGGCAACAUCAAAGGCUUUGUGAAGAGGGGUGUGAUGGCAGCCUUUGGCUCACCAUACGGAGACCAAGCCACAAGUCCCAGCAAAGUGCUUCCGCAAGGGCUGCGUGCCAUGUUGGGCAUGGAAGGUGCCAACCUCUCUGACCCGGAGCCGCCGAAUAGCUGGCACGGGGACACGUAUGAGCCCUGUGCAGCCGAGCAAAACUUUUUGCGGGAUCCCAAAGUCCUGCGCAAGGCCACCGUCCGUAUUGAUGAGAUCCUGAGCUUUGAGUAUCUUCAGCAUGUGGGCCAGACAAUGAGAAAUUGCCUUCGAGCCGAAAGGAGAGGUGGGAUGAGUCUUAUGAAGUACCUCAGCAGGGUGAAGGCGCGAGAGAGCAGCUUCUGGGUUAUGACCAUUACAGCAGAGGCCGAGGAAGAUGAAGAAGAGGCCCCUCUUCAGCACAUGCUGCUCAUGGAGGUCUACAACGGUAUGAACGUCAUUCACCAGGCAGAGGGUCCCCAUCCACGUCGCUGGCCACGACUCGAUGCCUGGAUGUGGCUCCAGGAGUGGGCUGAGCAGGAAGGUCUGCGUCCAGAUGGCCCGGAGGGUGUCACAGUCGGGCCUUACCACAGCUAUGAUGGAAGAAUGGACAAGUGGGAUAUCAGGAGGACGACACAGCAGCCUUGGAGCAACGUUGGCGUGCUGCUCCUGGCAGCUGCAGCAGUGGCCUUUUCUGUGCUUGCGGCUGCCGUGGGUUUGGCGAUUUGGCGAAAUGGCCUGCUGGCCCUGCUGAGCAGCGAGGUGCCGGAAGUUCUCCGACGCCCGCUGUUCGACGUCCUUCACGACACCAUCAGAGCCACGAAGCGGCGGAUUGUUAGCUUCUGCCGUUUCUGCAUGCUGCUCUUCCUUACCUUAGACGAAGAAGAGCAAAACUCCAUCCGCGAUGGCCUGAACCCGGAGCUUCAGGAGAUGCUCUUCCGACGGCCGCUCGCACAGCUUUUGCCGAGUUGUGUGCGGCGCUUCCUGUUCGGCCCGCCGGACUCUGCAGUGGCCAAUGGCUUGACCCGGCAGCUGACGCCAAGAGAUGCAAGAGAAAGGUCUGGAUCACGGAACCCCAGGCAUGCAGAGCCUGCGGCCCCUGCGGUGUCUGUGGGCAGGCACGUGCUCAAGGAUGACCUCAAGGGCCCGGCUUUGGAAGCAGUGCUUGCAGAAUGGACCGUCGGCACUGUAGGUACAUCUGUAAAGCUCCUUGGCAUUGGCGUUUGUCGGCAGCUGCAGGGCGUUGUGCGGAGAUGGAGGACAACUGCAGUGCCUGCUUUCCACCAGGUCGCUCCCAAGCUGUGGAGCCAGUUGCUGAACGUGGCUCCAACUCUACUUGGUGGGUCAAUGAUCAGCUUGGGCUGCGGUACCAUGGGCAUGGUUGGUGGAGGCAUCGUCGGUGGGAUUUGCGGUCUCGUUCCUGCCCUGUUGACUUUCGGUGCAUCCAUUCCGAUCGGAGCGGCAAUCGGAGGUUUGGCUGGGUGGUGCUGUGGACUCCUGAGCGGCAUCCUUCUCACAGUAUUGGCUCAUGGUAGGCUUAUGGGUGUUGCUGAUGCGACACAGUUCAGACAUAUCGUGAGCACCGACAAGUGCUGCGUCGAUUGA